AUGGAUGCCAAAGCGAAGGUUGAUAUCGAGAAGAGCGUACGGAAAAUCAUCGAAGAAUCGGACAUGGCGUCCACGACUGAGGCACAGAUUCGAAAGAGGGCGUCCCAGGUGCUGGGGCUCGACCUCAAUAAACCCGAGUACAAGGCCUUCGUCAGGCACGUCGUCAACAAGUUUCUAGAGGAACAAACUGCGAAAGAAGCAGCUGCCGAGGAGGAAGAAGAGGAGGAGGAGGAGGAGGAGGACAAAGGUGGGAAAGAUGGCAAGGAGUACGACGAUGAUGGCGAUCUCAUCGUUUGCAGGUUAACUUCGAAGAGGAGGGUGACGAUUCAGAACUUCAGGGGAAGGAACUUGGUAUCGAUAAGGGAGUUUUACAGUAAGGAUGGGAAAGAGCUUCCAACGGCUAAAGGUAUAAGUCUAACAGAGGAGCAAUGGUCGACCCUUAGGAAGAACAUGGACGCCGUAGACGAAGCAGUCAAGAAGAUGCAGGACUACUGAAGGAUCAAAAAGAGCAAUAUGCAUUGCACGCCAAUGGUUCAAAAGUUUGGCUUAAUUUUGUCAGCUGAUUACCAUCUUUUGAACCUAAACUCCUACCGGGACAUAAUAACCAGAUACUCUUCUCUCUGUAUUUUCAUAUUUUGUCUUAAAAGAACUUUUUAUAUCUCUUUUUGGGCGGGAAGGAAAACUUGUAUCUAAAGCUUACCCAGCUCCAUGCUAGACAGGCUUUGUAAGGAAAUGUAUUUACAAUGGCACUAGAUCUAAUUCCUCAACAACCAAAGUCCUCAGUACUGACAAAAUGUACUGAAAGACCAAAACGAAAAAAACAGAGUGUGUUCAUCAGUUGUCUAUAAA